AUUGGUUUUUCUCUCCCUCCCAGAUCCGGAACCUCAAAGCCCUCGGCAGCCUUUGCAAGCCAGAAUUUCCUCGGAGGAGGAAGGAAGGAACAGCAGGGAUCCAUCCUGCGGUCCCAGAAAUGGUCCCGUGAAGGAAGAGGCCCCUGGAAUACCCCCAGAGUCCCUGGAGCCCUUUGGAGUUGCUCUGCCGGAGAGGAAGGAUGGAGACAUCCACUUUGGCCAAGGAGGGGAGCAGAAAAGGCCUCACGACUCUUCAGCCUGGGAGCUGUGGGGAGAGCUGGACCAGAACCGGGCAGAAGGUCCUGCAGGAGGGAACCAUCCUCUCUUCAGAAGUUCCACACUGGACCUCCUUCCAAUACCGGGAGGCUGGGGGUCCCCAAGGACUUUGCAGCCAACUCCAUGACUUGUGCAGGCAAUGGCUGAGCCCAGGAAAGCGCAGCAAAGCCCAGAUGCUGGACCUGGUGGUUCUGGAGCGGCUCCUGGCUCUCCUGCCCCCAGAGAUGGAGGGCUGGGUGAGGGAGUGUGGAGCAGAGAGCAGCUCCCAGGCGGUGGCCCUGGCGGAAGGCUUCCUCCUGAGCCAGCAGAAGGAGCAGCUCCAGCGGCAGUGCUACUCUGUGCAGAUCAGAUAUCCUGAGGGAAAAAAGAAGCCAUCAAAUCCCCCUCAGGAGCUUUUUUUCAGGAAGAUCCCUUGGGAAGAUCCAAGUCAGGACACCUCAGGAGAGAAACAAAUAAUGAAGAUUUCUGGUUCUUAUGAUGGCAAUCAAACAGCUGUUGAACCUCCAAAUCAAGAGGGUCUUGUGUCCUUUGAUGAGGUGGCUGUGUAUUUCUCUGAGGAGGAAUGGUCUCAGCUGGAUCCUGACCAGAAAGCACUGCAUUCAGAAGUCAUGCUUGAAAACCAUAGGAACGUGGUCUCUCUGGGUAAGUUUUCUAGUCCCUAACCAGAGAGUUCAAGAAGAGAGAUUAUAGUUAGUUUUUUAUUAAAAAACCAAUAAUCAGAUAUUGUCUCCUGGGAGGGAGAAGGAAAGGAUCUGGCCUUGUUGUGCUCCAUGGAAGGAAAGAGUCAAUGUCUCUUUGCUUGGAUUCUUUCUCUGCCAUUUCUUAUCUGUAUUUUUCCAUUUCUAUUUAAACUUCUCUGUGGAGGCUGAAAAGAACGAGGUGUGCUUUUAUGUGUCUUCUGGAGGUCGUGUGAGAGGAGUGUGUUGUCAUUUGUCCUCUGGAACCUCCCUAAAUUGUGUGAGAACAGAACUUUCACGCUCAGCCCAUGGAAGAGCAUUCUCCCAAUCCAAUUCAAAAACAAAGGCCUCAUGCAGUGUGACUCAGAGUAUCCUAGGAUACAAGUAAUCCCCAAGUUAUGACAGUUCACUUAGCGAUCAUUCCAAGUUAUGACCAGCCCUCCUCCAGUAUUUGAGACCCAGUCCCCUCUUUCUUUUCAAAGACUUUUUACCUGGAUCUCAUGAAGUCCUCAGUUCUUAAAAGAACACAGGCCUAAAGUACUGCAGUGCGAGAUCACACCAGAUUAGUAGCC